AUGGUCAAGAGGAAGCUGGGGGCCCUGGAAAAGGUCGAGGCUGAUUUGCCCAAUUUACAACAUAAAAUCCGCAGAGAUCCGAAGUCCUAUAUCGAAGAUUUCCGCGCCCAGCACUAUCAAUAUGAAAGUCACCGGGAAAUUUUCAUGGCAGCGCCCUCGUCCGCCACAGACACAGGUCUGAUCUCGCUGCGUGAACUUAUCGACUUCAUUGCCCAUGUUGCAGACUGCUAUCCCGACAUAACGAAGGAUUUUGGCCAGCAGCUCAUCGAUAUGCUGUCGCAGCAUCACCAGGUUUUCGAGCCGGAGCUGCGCGAGAAAAUCGUGGGGAGUCUUGUGCUCCUACGGAAGAAGGAUUUGCUUGAUUCCACGACGUUGCUUCAGACUCUAUUCCCCAUCCUUAUUUCUACGCCUAGCAAGACGCUACGCGCCUUGAUUUUCCAGAAGAUAUUGAUGGAUCUUCGGUCCUCAAAUGCCAAAACCACGAACCAUAAGCUUAACCGGACUAUGCAAACUGUUCUUUUCAACCUUGUGACCUCAGAUCGUACCUCGUCGAAGGGAUUAUGGGCUAUCAAGCUUACGCGCGAGCUCUGGAAGAGGCAGAUUUGGACGGAUGCUAAGGCCGUUGAGAUCAUGAAGGAAGCGUCUUUGGCGGAGAACGAAAAAGUGAUUGUUGGCGGAGUGCGCUUCUUCCUAGGUGGAGAUAAGGAGCGCGAGGAGAUGGAAGAGGAGAGUAGUGACGAAGAAGCCAUCGAUCUCGGGCGGGUCAAACACCAAGUCGGAAUCAACAAGAAGACGAAGAAGAAGGCGCGCGCUAUUGAAAAGGCAAAAGCGACUGUCCAAAAACGAGAGCGCAAGAAGAACCAGCCUCAUCCCCUAAAUUUCUCCGCCCUGCAUCUCCUCUACGACCCGCAAGGAUUCGCCGAGUCUCUCUUCGCAAAGCACCUCCAGAGCUCCAAGUCCAAGCUGAACCUCGAACAGAAGCUCAUGGUCUUACAGCUCGUGACCCGUCUUGUCGGUUUGCACAAGCUUCAUAUCAUGCACCUCUACUCCUACUUCCAGAAGUACCUUACUCCUCGACAACCCUCCGUCACAUCCUUCCUAGCAUCCCUCGCCCAAGCAUCUCAUGACCUAAUACCACCAGACGACCUGGAACCACUCGUUCAAAAGAUUGCGAACGAGUUCGUCUCAGAAGCCUCAGCAUCUGAGGUAGCAACUGCCGGUCUGAACGCCAUCAGAGAGAUUUGCGCGCGACAGCCCCUCGCGAUGAACGAAACCCUACUCCAAGAUCUUGUCAUGUACCGCAAGAGCAAAGACAAGGGUGUUGUAAUGGGAGCCAGAGGUCUUCUAAGUCUCUACCGAGAUGUCAAUCCGGAGAUGCUCAAGCGACGAGACCGCGGUAAAGACGCCUCCAUCAGCCUCCAACACGGCGAAAAGAAGGAGAAACGGUUCGCCGCCCAAGAGGCCGGUGGAAUUGAAGGCAUUGAGCUUUUAGAGCAAUGGAAGGAGGAGGAGCGCAAGAGGAAGCGAGCUGAAAAAGGCCUAGCAACCGACGACGAAGACGAAGAGAACGAAGACGAAGACGAAAAUGACUGGACUGCCUGGAAUGUGGAAGAUGACGAGGACAGUGACGACUCUGGUGGCUGGAUCGACGUCCAGAGCGAUGUCGAAAUCGACCUCAGCGAUUCCGAAGACGACGAGCGCCCCGCAAAGAAGGCAAAGCAAGCUGAUGAUAAGGAAAACAGCGCUGACUCCAACCCUCAGGCUCCAGAAACCAAGCCUGACCCUAGGAAGCCCAGCCUUGCAACAUCCCGCAUCCUCACCCCCGCCGACCUCGCCAAACUCCAAGAACUCCGGCAACAAGCCGCCAUCAAUGCCCUCGUCCCAGGCCCUAAGCGCCGCGGUGCAACCUCCGAGAGCCGACACAAGGAAGACCCUCUCACAGCAGCCGAAAUCGAAGGUCUUGCUGCCCUGUCUGCUGGGAAGAAGACACGCGAGGAACGGAUUGCGCAUGCUAAGGAGGGGAAAACAGAUCGGUCCGAGCAUAAGAGUGUGACUGCGAAGCGCAAGGAAAGGAAAGAAGAGCAAGGCAAGAGUACGACCAACAAGGAAAAGGCCCGCAAGAAAAACUUCCUUAUGACCCUGGGCAAAGCAAAGUCUAAGGGAAAGCGUAGUUUGGUCGAGACUAGAGCUGUUUUGAGGGCUCAUCAUGAGCGGGCGAAGAGGGGUGGCAGAAGGGGUAACAGGUAA